AUGGCGAGGCGGCCGAUUGGAGAGGAGGGGCGAGAAGAGCUACUGGGUCGUAACCUCGACCACCCGCGACUUCCUGCGCUCGGCCUCGCCUCCCGCCACGACGCGUCCGCGCUCUGCAGCUGUCUGCCGACGCGCCCCGCCGCCGUCGCCUGCAGGGCCGACGCCGCUCUCCCCUGCUCCUCCUGCGACGCCGACAUCCACUCCCAACCCCUCGCCGCCCGACACGAGCGCGUCCCCGUCGCCCCCCUCCCGACCCUCCUCCGCCGCCGACGACGACGAGACGUUAAGACUAACAGCGUCGGCCGUCCGCUGUUCGCGAGUGGAGGAGGGGAGGGGGUCGUCGUCGACGAUUUCGAUUUGAUGAAGUCGGCCGACUAUUUCUUCGCGGACGCGGAGCGGUACGUGGACCUGGACCACGCCGACAGCCUGGUCCCGGUGCAGCCGGAGAAGGCUCAUCAUGUUAGCGUCGGUGGUGCUCCGGCGUUCCGGCGGCCGCGCCGCCAGCUUCGAUUUUGGCUGCGCCCCCAAGCCUUCUUACAGCGCAUACAGCGUGCGUGGCCUCCCUUAAUUUCCCUUUCGGUCCGCGUACAGGUGGUGCUCGUCGGACGUUGGGGUGGUCCGGACGCCGUCGGAGACGCGCCGACCGGUUACGCGGGGGGGGCGGCGGGGGCCCACACGAGCGUGGAUCGGGAGGCGAGCGUGAUGAGGUACAGGGAGAAGAGGAAGAACAGAAAGUUUGAAAAGACGAUCAGGUACGCGUCGAGGAAGGCGUACGCGGAGACGCAGGCGAGGAUAAAGGGGAGGUUCGCGAAGAGGGCGGAGGCGGAGGCGGAGGUCGAGGGGUUGUAUUCGUCCGCGGCGAUGGUGGCGGGGAUGAUGGGCGACGGUGGCUACGGGAUUGUGCCGAUCGUUUUGAGAUCAUGACGCGGCGAACUAUGUAAUUUUUUUUUUUUGUCCCCUUCUUCUUCUGGCUUUGUGAAGGGCUAACCAGUGUUUAGAAGAAGAAGGCCCUUCUGUGUAUAAUUUCGUUCGACUAGAUUUCAGUUUUUUUUUU